CGAAGAAAAUAUUUUGAGUUAAUAGUCAGAUUAUGAGUUCAAUUUUCACACGUAUGUUGGUCUCGCGAAGGAGAGAAGCAUAUGUUUAACAUGUACUGAAUAAUGUGGAUUCUUGCGACCGCCCAUAUCAGUUCGAAGGUCAUGGGUAGUCACAAACUAUUUUUUUAGCUUGUAAGCAACGCUUCCGCCAUUUUGUCUUUGUUGGAAGUACCGCUUAAUGGAUUAGCGAUUAUAUGAGGCCUUAGCAGUAUUUAUAUCAUUGCAAUAGAGGUAUUGUGCAGUGAAAAAAUAACACCUACAUACAAGGAAGAGUUUUGUUGUGUGUGCAGUAAUCAUGGUCUACUUCACGAAACAUGUUUGAAUAUUCUGCAACCGGUCAUAAAUGAGCGGAGCAUCAGAAAAUUUUGAACUAGAAGCUGGUUCAUCUGGAAUGAUGGAAUCUUCAGUUAUGGAAGGUGAAGAAUAUUAUAAUCCAGAAGGCAGUGAAUGGAGCCAAAAGGUCGACACUGGCCAGUUGUGUCGUGUGUGUGCCAAUGCAAACGAUUAUCUCAUACCCAUUUUUGAUGGUGAAGGUUUGGAGCAUGAACUUGGUAUGAAGAUCGAGAAACACCUUCCGAUCAAGGUGACAGAGACUGACAGUUUACCUCAACAGAUGUGUUACCAGUGUGCAUCAACAUUAAUAGCAUGGCACGAUCUUGUCAUUAGUUGUGUAGAAGCUGAUAAGAAGCUGAGAGAAUUACAAGUGGAAGAUGAUGAUGAUGAUGACGGUGAUGACAAGGGUGCUGAGAUGUUUGAGUCUCCAUCAUUGGAUGCUGAAAUGACAGAUGAUGCUGUUCAGCCAAGUACAUCAGAAGUACAAAGCCAAGUUUCAAAGACUCCAUCUCCAAAGAAAAUACUUCUUAACAAGGAGAAGAAACCGAAGCUGAAAAUGGUGUUAGUGAAGGGACAUGCAGCUGGCACAUCUGGGCAGAAGACCAGUUCAAAGACUCAAGUUGCGAAGGCCCUUGAAUUGGCCAAAUCCAAGGAUGGUUCCAGUCAGGAUUCAGCAAGUGAAAGGUGUCAACAGCCUCCUCAGACUCCAUUCAAAACUUUCCAAGAACAAAAUGAAAUGAACAUGGCCGGGCCCAGGAAUACCGCUGAUGCUUUGACAGACAAUGGUCUCGUUAAGAAUGAAUGUACUGAUUCAAAGGAUGCAUGGUUAACUUGUGAUUAUUGUGGACAUAUAUCUGCUAAGAAAGCUGAGUUGAUAAUUCAUAUCUCUACAGUACAUCCGCAGGAGUUGGCCAGUUUGAAUAUUCCUGCAGGAUGUGUGUCUGGGUCAGAGUUGGAAUGUAAAUCAGAUGUCUGUGAGAUUAAGGAUUGUAUGUAUGAAGGUCAUAAUGGCCGUAGUUUUGGGAAAUCUAGAUUGGGAAAAGUAAAACAUUCUGCUGUAGCAAAUCAGCAGUUUCCAUGCAGUGUGUGUGGAAGAUUCUUUAAGAGGAAGUCUGAUGCUUGCAGACACGUUGAAAAACACAAAUUACAGGAUUUUGUUUUUAAAAAUGUAGAAAGUCUUGCUGGUGAUUUGUAUGGUACUUCUGACAGUGGCUUGGCUACUGAAAAUGUUCAGGAAUUUCCUGACAGUGAACAUCUUAAAUCUUGUUUAGUUGAAAUACGUAGGAACUAUGAAAAUUCACUUGGUACAAGCAAUGAAAAGACUAACGAUUCAGUAAUAUGUGGGAAGAAUAAAAGUUUCUCGUGUUAUGUCUGUGGUAGAAAACUUACAAGAAAGCAUGAUUUACUUAGGCAUUUGAAAAUGCAUGCUAAAAAAUUGGGUUCGUUUGUGUCCUCAGAUGUAAAUUAUUAUACAGCAGGCAGCAUUAAAAAAAUGGUUUCUGGUGCUCAGUCUGGUGACAGAAGUUCUGAAUUGUCAGAGACUGACAUCAUUCAAGGUUAUCCAUGUCAUGUUUGUGGUAGAGUACUUAGAGGAACAUUUGAUUUGCGCAGACCUUUGAGAAAACAUUCCAGGAAGCCAGAUCAGGUUGAUGGUGAAUUUUUUCAAACACUUUCAAAUAUUGGUUCUGGAGACGAUAUUCCAUCAGGCAGCUUGUCUUCAGGUAAUGGCCCAGUUAGUACUCUACUAGAAGCAAAUGAUGAUAGUAUUCAUGGAAGCAAGGUUGCAGUUACAGAAUUUGUUUUUAAUAAUGAAAGAAAAACUGAUUUACUGUGUAAUAUUUGCAGUAAAAUGCUGACAAGAAAAUAUUAUUUGCAUAGGCAUUUGAUAACGCACAGCAAGAAGCAGUAUCUAUAUUCUGAUGACAGACUGUCUGACAUGGGACCAGCAUUUGUAGACGGAAAUGCAUACUCAUGCUCAGGUGAUGAUGCACAUUUGGAGAAUUCAGAUGGGAAAACAAGUACAUUUGAUAUACACACAAGUCAAAACUUUUCAUGCAGUGUAUGUUCUAAAUCAUUUACCAGGAGGUUCGAUUUAAAGAGACAUGCAGAGCGGCAUUCCAGCGAAGAUGUGGAUAAAAUUGUUUCCUUGAAAAGUAGUACUGACAAUGUAUCAUUGGCUUCUGCAAAGGUGGUUAUAGAAGGCAAGACACUUUACAGAUGUGAACAUUGCUGUAAGUACCUUAUGACAAGGUACAGCUAUGUGCGACAUCUACGUAUCCAUAGUGGCGAGAAACCUUGUACUUGCCAUGUAUGUGGCAAACAGUUUAGAACAUCUGCAUUGUUAAAUCGUCAUGUUAGGGAUGUGCAUGAGGGUAUAAAGGAACAUCCUUGUGAUAUAUGUGGACGUAAGUUUGCCAACAAACGUGCUAUGCUGGACCAUAGGAGGGUUCACACCGGAGAGCGUCCUUGUGUCUGUCAUGUGUGUGGGAAAGCAUUUAAGACAAAGGCAUCUCUUUAUGUUCACAAUCUGUUUCAUAUGGAUGUAUUUCCACAUCAGUGUAUACAUUGUAAUAAGUCCUUCCGUAGAAGACAGCAAUUGAAUGUGCACCUUUUGCUUCAUACUGGUGAGAAACCACAUUGUUGCCAAACUUGUGGGAAGUGUUUUCGAAUGCGAAAAUCACUGAAACGACAUGUUCUUACACAUACUAAUGAAAAGCCUUUUGAAUGUCUGGUAUGCGGACAGCUUUUUGCUCAGGAGCGAUACCUGAAGAACCAUGGAAAAACCCAUGGAAUUGGAAUUAAUAAUAAAAUAACGGCUUGAAUGUCUUUUUGCCUACAAACAGCAUUUUGUAUUGUGGGAAGAGGAAUGUAUUUUCAUCUUUUGUGUAUGAUGCAAGUAAGACUUGGUACGUAUGGUAGCUUUGUGAGGUCAAGUAAGAAUGUUUCAAAUUGGACUUCUCUUCAUUCCUAACAUGGAGAAAUUAUGAUCCCACACAGCUUUACUGUUCUUCCAAACUUUUUCUUAACUGUGUGGUGCUAUGAAGCAAGACAGAACAAUUUUUUAAUGAAACUCCCACCUAUUAAAGUAUAUUAUUAUCAAAUCUUAAUCUUCCAUGUUAUUAAAUCUCCUGAUGACUGCAAUAAACUUCAAUCUGACAUUGGUUCUGUACAAAGUUGGAGCACUGCCAACUUCAUGAAAUCCAAUAUUAGUAAAACCAGAGUAAUUUCCUUCUUAAGAAAAGCCAAUACAUUCAACUAUGAUUAUAAACUUUGUCAAUUGUAUGUAACAUAUACUGAUUCUAUUGGGAAUAUUUAUUGAGUCUAACCUUUGAUUCCACAAUGAUGUUGACUAUGUGUUUUUACAGUAUAUUAAGUUGCUGGGUCUUGUUCGCACUUCAAACUUUUUAUUUGCUUCUCUUGACUGCCUGUAUAUUGCAUUUUACCAUAGAUAGAUCAAAGCUUGAGUAUGCCUCAGUCAUGUGGAAUUUUAUUACAACUACUGAUACCAAAAAACUGGAACAUAUCCAGCAGAUGUUUGCAGCUUUUGCUAUAAUUGUAUCCUUCCUCACGUGCAUUACACCUAUGCUAACGCUUUAGAGUGUUUAAAACUCCAAACUUUAUGUAAGAGGAGGUACUGAAUUGAUGCACUGGUCCUUGUCCAAGUUACUAUGUUUUGAAUACUGACCUUCCCUUCUGGAAGCUGUUGGUUUUCGAAUUCCUACUUGGUAUCAGAAAGACUUUUCUGUGUUCAAUUACAGCCCUUCAAUUAAAGACUGUCUUGCUAGAUGUGCGUCAUCUGCUAGUGUUGUCUGAAGGGACUGCGAUAUAUUUGUAACAAAGAAUUGUUUCUGUCAGUCACAUUCUACAAUAACUGUGUUACUGUUUUAAGUAUUAAUUUACAUUCAAUUAUUAUUAUGUUCUUGUGUUUCUCUGUUGUGCUAUAUCUGUAAUUGGCCUUCCACCAUGUCAGAAAUGUUUUGGAAGGUAAGCAUGCCAGCAGAUUGUUUAAUUUAUUGUUUUUGAUGUAAAUGUGUUUCUUCAGAAUUAUUUUACAUGCAUAUGAUACUGUAGAGCAUGAAAUUUCUUUUACAUAUGACUGAUUUGAAGAUUAUGCAGAUUGAUACUAAUUGUUCUUAGUGUCUACUUAGAUUUUUAAAUAAAUUUAGCUGUAUAAAUUUUUUCCUGCAAGAGAAACAUCCCUGUAUACCACACAUUUCCAAAACCUUCUACUUUACACAAAUCUUUGUAAGGUUUAUGAUUGCAGUGAUACUAAUUACAAUCCAUAAUGUUCGAGAUAACCUUCCUUUGUGAUCAAAUGUUUAGUUAGGUUUCAAAGUGUUUGGGUGUUGAAAUUUAUAUUUUAACCAUAGAAUUCUUUGCAUAACUCUGGCAUUGUAGUAUUAUAAAUGUGUGGCCUUACGAAAGAGUAUUUUCCCACUUAGAUGUGCUUGUAAAUAUGAGAUUUUUUUCUGUACUAAAUACACAGAAUACAUUCUGCUCUGCU